UUAUGAUAUGUGUGUUUGUGUGAGUGUGGACGCGGCGCGCCAAAGCGCUUAAGCUAGCUUAAAUGCUGAAACUAACUACGUACAGCAACUACGUAAAGUAACGUUAACUUAGUAACUAUCUAGUAACAGUAGUAACCUAACCUGUAGUUAAGUGGAGCAGCAGCCCGACAUAUGAGCAUAGUUACGUGUGUGUAUGUGUGUGUGCGUCCGCGAACGCACGCCAAAUCGGCUUAAACUCUCUCACUUAAACUCGCUUAAACGCCUAAACUAACUAGGCACCGUGCAGUAACUACGUAACGUUAACUUAGUUAGUAACGAUAUAGUACCAGUAAAUAACUUACCUGUAGUUAAGUGGAGCAACAGCCGGAGCAUCCCAUUUUGAGCAUAUACGUGUGUGUGUGUGUGGACGCGACGCACCAAUAGCUGUAAUAAUGAGUAAAAACAGGAAAACAAGAGAGAAAAAAAAGGACAAGGCCGCCGAUAUCCCAAACCCCAAAUCUUCGGUGAACAGCAACGGUCCCCACAGGCUCCAAGCGGCUUUGGGAUGUCCCCACCAAAAGUCCGACAGUCCCACGGAGACGGCGAGCAGUAGCAGCAGCAGCGGUUUCUCUUCCAGGGACAGCAGAGACCAACAUCGGCAGGAUACGGAUAAGUCGCAAACCAGCGCCAUUGCCAAGCGGGAUACCUUCGCAUCGCAGCAGCAGCAGCAGGCGGCCCUCUCGCAGGAGACUGUAGUGAAUCGCUCCAGACUGGCCAUUGAGGCAGCAACGAGGCGCUAUGGGGCGUCAGACUAUGCGCCACAUCCCACAGGGAUAGUGUUGCGACGCGUGGGCUACUACACGAUACCCUCGCUGGAUGAUCUCAAGUCCUACCUGGCCGAGGAUGGGUCCGGUGUGGUGCCCAAUUUCACCAUUGGACGCGAGGGCUAUGGCACUGUGUUCUUUGCCAUGGAAAUGGACGUGGCUGGACUGAAUCUGGAUGAGAUUGUUUACUUCCGUAACAAGGGGAUCAUCAUUUAUCCUGACGAUGAGAAGAGGCCGCCUAUCAACCAAGGCCUGAAUCGUGAGGCACAAGUCACCCUCGAGCAGGUAUGGCCCGUGGACAAGACCCAGCCUGUGCCUGUUGUGAAGGAUGCGCAGCGUCUGAUCGAAAUGAAUUGGGAGGGACAUCUGCGUUGCGCCUGCUAUGCAAACGAUACGCGCUUCGUCGAGUAUCGCCCAGAGACCGGCAGUUGGGUGUUUUGUGUGAAGCACUUCUCCAAGUACGGCCUGGACGAGGACGAUAACAAGAUGACGCUCCAUUCGUUGCGGCCCAGCGUGUAUCCGAUGAUAUGCGGCACAAGGUUCCGCGGCCAGUGACACAUCCGCGCGCACGCUCUUCUUCUUCGCGAAUUCGUUCUUUGACAUAAAACGAAUGUGACUUCGUAUUGUGGCGUUGCCAGACUCGUGCAAUUCGUAGUUUCGGGCUGCCACCAUGAUAUUUUUCUACCCGUUUCAUUACCGAUUAGCUUUGAACCGAUCUGGCAGCCCUAAAAAAAAAGUAGGCAAAAAAGAAGAAGAUAAAUUUUCCACAAAUAGUAAGAAGAAAACCCACUGCGUGUUACAUUCGGCUUGCGGCUCGUGGGGCAACGCCGGCUAGCUCUCGACCCCAGGGAUGGGUAGUUCCCCUUGCCCGCCAAAUGUAAGCAAAGUUUGAGAUUUCGACUUCUCGGGACAUCAAUUCAGACAAAAAAAACUACAAUAGACUGCAAGACAAACAAAAAGAACCAAACAAAUAGACGGCUGUCAAGGGGGUGAAGUCUAGGUGUUUCCACUUCGCGCGCCCACCCUACCUGUGGUCAAAUAUAACGUUCAUUUUGGCCACCCUCUGCUGGAACGGCUGCGGCUGGUCUAAUCCAUGGCUUACGCCACGCGUCCUCCCUCUAAAUUAAUUUAGGCCUUCAUCCUUUCAAUAUUCCUUAGUUUAAUAUAUAAUAUAAUACGACAAAUA